CAGUUGGCACAUCAGCACAUGCAAUUCUGCAAAAUUGGAAGAAGAAAAAGAAAAGAAAUGGUGGGCGAAGAAGAGUAACAGUAACCUCUGUGAAGUUAAAUGGAGAGAGGAGAAGAAGAAGAGAGAGAAAGUAAUAAAACCAGCUUUUCCAAAACCCAAGAAUACUAAAGCAUCUGUCUUUUCCUUUUUACCUUCUCUCUCCUCCUUUUCUUUUCAUUCCUUCCCCUUUGUUAUAUUUAUAUGGUAGGGUGAAAUUAUUUACAAAAUUAAUUAAUAAAUAAAAAUAAUUCUGGGUUUGCUCCUUUAGAUAGAGAUAGCAGAUCUACUACUACUCAGACACUACGUCGCUACUUACUUAGUCCUACUCUUGUCUCACUCUUCUUCUUCUUUUUAUUAAAUUUAUUUUAGAAAAUAUUGAUAAUUUAAUUUGGAGAAAUGUUCAUCAAAUUUUGAGUUCUGCAGUUGAAUUGUGUUUUUAAAAUGGGGUCGGAGCAAAACAGAUUUCCACAGCAAGAGCGGCGCAAGAAAUGGGGAGGAUGUUGGGGUGGACUCCCUUGUUUUGGAGCUCAGAAGGGUGGGAAACGUAUUGUACCAUCAUCUCGUACACCUGAUGGCAAUGCAGCUGCAAACGAGCCCAAUGGAUCGCAGGGUGUUGGAUUACCUAACCAACCUCCUUCAUUGCCUCCACAUCUUCUUGCCCCUCCCUCUUCUCCAGCUUCCUUCUCAAACUCGGCUCUUCCUUCAACUGCUCAAUCACCGCGCUGCCACCUCUCGUUGUCUGCCAAUUCACCUGGGAACCCUUCCUCCACUAUGUAUGCAACUGGGCCAUACGCUCAUGAAACCCAACUGGUUACUCCCCCUGUCUUUUCAACCUUUACAACAGAGCCAUCAACUGCUCCUUUGACCCCUCCCCCAGAAUUGGCUCACCUAACAACACCCUCUUCUCCUGAUGUCCCUUAUGCACAGUUCCUUUCGUCAUCUGGGAAGGUCAAUUAUGUGCCUUCUAAUGAUCUUCAAAACACCUACCCGUUCUCUCCUGGAAGUCCUGCUAGUAGUCUUAGAUCGCCUAUUUCAAGAAUCUCAGCUGACUGUUUAUCUUAUCCAGAGAGGGAUUCCUGGGAUGCUUCCCUUUCUCCUGGAGGUGCAAAACAUCCAAGAAAUGCUUCAGGAGGAUGGCAUACUGACAGCGGCGCUCAAUCUCAGACUUCAAACUUUUUCUGUCCUGCAACUUUUGCUCAGUUUUAUCUGGACCAACCGCAUUCUGGUGGGAGACUAAGUAUUUCUAAAGAGUCAGAUGCCUACUCUAAUGGAGCUGUGAAUCAGAGCAAGCAAAACAAGAACAGCAAGCAAGAAGUGGAGGAACUGGAAGCUUACAGAGCAUCUUUUGGGUUUAGUGCUGAUGAAAUGAUCACUACUACUCAGUAUGUGGAAAUAUCUGAUGUCAUGGAUGAAUCAUUCACCAUGGUACCCUGCACCUUUAACAAGCCACAUGUAGAAGAAGUAACACUACUAAAUUGGGGACGUGUGGGAUCAAGAAAGUCAGAGAAUAACUCUCCUGGUGAUAAAUUAACAAAGUCAAGGUCAGAUAUGAGUGGCAGAGCUCGACAGGGGACAGUUUCAUCCAAACAAUUUGAAGAUGAGCAACCUGGAAAUGUCUCUGGUCGGAGUACACCAAGCAACCGUAAUUUGACGGAUGAUGAAGAGAUGUUUUCAAACAUGGGGAAAUCCAAAAAAAGCAGGAAGGUAAAUAUGGGUCUUUCUUGCUCGGAUGCAGAGAUUGAGUAUAGGCGAGGGAGGAGCUUGCGAGAAGCUAGAGGAGAUAUCACAUGGCAUUAGUUUUUAGUAGUUAGCUUCCGAACUGGUUAUGUCCUCAGCUUCCAAACCCCCAGAAUCUGGUGGCAAUGUCUUCUAAUCUGGCUCGAGUGUUUUUGUAAGUGUCAGCAGCAUGAGUCUAAUUUGUAAUCGAGCUUAGCCUCUCUUAUAUAGGUGACUUGAUGUUGUGCAUUGUCGACAUCUAUCGGUCUAGGUUUUGCAAGUUGGUGUGCCCUGCCUCUUUUUAGCUUUUAGUAGCUGGUGUGGGAGAGUUGUGAUAGGCUGGGUUUUCUCGCAGUCAGUUGUAAGAAGCGAGAUACUUGGAAUUGUUCAUAUUUGAAGAUAGUUGAAAUUGGUUAUGCAUCUAGACCUAAUACUGCUAAUAUAGUAAUAUGUAUAUUGAUAUUUCAUUUACUCCUGUU